AUGACGAAGCGCAACCUCAUCGUUGUUUCGAACCGUCUCCCUCUGUCGCUGAAAAAGGUCGACGGGGGAUACGAAUCUUCCCUCUCCAGUGGAGGUCUAGUCACAUCUUUAUCGGGAUUGACUAAAACCACUACCUUUAGCUGGUUCGGAUGGCCAGGCAUCGACAUCACCGAUGAAACCGAGCAGGGACAGAUUCGCAAGAGCUUGGAUGAACAUAACGCUGUGCCGAUUUUCUUGGAUAAUGAAUUGGCAAAUAAUCACUAUAAUAACUUCUCUAAUGCCAUCCUCUGGCCCAUCCUCCACUACCAAUCCGGCAUAAACUUCGAAGAAGGCCCCUGGGAAGCUUACCAACGAGUCAACGAGAUCUUUGCCGAUACGAUCGCCGAGGCAGCCCAGCCGGGGUCAUUGAUCUGGGUGCACGAUUACCAUCUUAUGCUGUUGCCGCGGCUGUUGAGAGAUCGAUUGGCGGGGAAGAAUUGCGCGAUUGGGUUCUCGCUGCAUACGCCGUUCCCGGCGGGGGACUUUUGGCGGAAUCUGCCGGUGCAGAAGGACUUGUUGAGGGGACUGCUGGCGAGUGAUGUUAUUGGAUUCCAUACGGAUGAGUAUAAAAGAAAUUUUGUGCUUUGUGCGGAGUCUCUGGCCGAUGCGAAGGUGAAGGAGUCAGGGACGCUGGAGUACGAGGGUCAUGAGGUGGUUGCGGAGAAGUUCAUUGUCGGCAUCGAUCCGCAGAAAUUUACGGAUGCACUGCAGAAUGAGGAGGUGCAGAAUCGCAUAAGGGACUUGCAGCGCAGGUAUAUGGGGAUGAAGGUUAUUGUUGGGGUGGAUCGGCUGGAUUACAUCAAGGGGCUCGUGCAGAAGUUGAAGGGCUAUGAUGCUUUCUUGGAUCAGUAUCCGGAGCUGAGCAAUAAGGUGGUGCUAAUCCAGGUGGCGGUGCCCAGCCGGGAGGAUGUGAAGGAGUACCAGGAUCUGGAGACGGAGUUGAGCACGCUGGCAGGAAGAAUCAAUGGAAAACACUCUACCGCCGAUGGCUGUCCGCUGAUCUACAUGCACCGAUCAGUUAAUUUCAGCGAACUGACAGCGCUGUACUCGGUUGCCGAUGCCUGCUUGUUGACUUCAACGCGGGAUGGAAUGAACCUUGUUUCGUUCGAGUACGUUGCGUGCCAAGCGCAGCGGCAUGGAGUGCUAGUGCUGUCCGAGUUUGCCGGAGCAGCGUCUUUUAUGAAGGAGGGGUGUCUUACUUUCCAUCCAGCGAAUAUGUCAGAGAUGGUUGAUGCGGUUCAUCAAGCAGUCACGAUGAGUGGUGAUGAUCGCAAGUCUCGAUAUGAAACGUUGCGGCACUUUAUCGAGACAAACACUAGUGCAAAAUGGGGCGAGACGUUCAUCGAGACAUUGACCAAGCAUGUGGAAGGCGGGCGUUGA